AUGAAUUUAGAAACAAGUAUUCAUCUGAUCAAGCAAUUCGAUGGUACACAAAAGAUUCAUUUUUUUUAUCGCGUAUUAAAUAAAGCUCUUCGUAUUCAAGAUACUAAUCUAUUACUUCUAUUUCGUUUUUUCAUUCGUGAUAUUGAAAAACAACUAAGAGAAUAUCAAUGUCCAUCACCAGUUACUCUCUAUCGAGCUAAUGAUUUUAUUGCUUCAAAUACAACUGAUGAAAACUUAAAACGUAUUCUAUUUGAAAUUUAUGCUGAUCCAUCUCAAAAUCAAUCGAAACCAUUUGCAGAUAUUUCAUCAGUCAGUUGUAUUUCUGAUGAACAAGAAGUAUUAAUGAUGAUAGGUUCAGUUUUUCGAAUCGAUGGUGUUGAUGAUACAAUAGAAUGUAUUCGAAUGACUCUUUGCAAUCAUAAUGAUCAAAAUUUUAAUUUACUUUUCGAUUUUAUGCAAAAGAAAAAUUGUAUUGCAACGGCUCGAUUGACUAAUUUUGGCAGUGUAUUGAUUGGUAUGGAUAAAUUUGAUGUCGCCGAACGUCAUUUUAAAUGUUUACUGAGAACUUUCUCGCCUAAUCAUCCUGAUCUUCUUAUUUGUUAUCAAGCAUUGGAAAAAAUCUAUUGUGAAAAAUGUGAUUUCGAUCGAAGUCUCAAAUAUUUCAAAAUAGGACUGAACAUUCUAUAUCGAGAAUCGAAUUCGAAUCAGAUUGAAAUUGAGUAUUUCCAUAAUAGUAUUGGUGAAGUGUAUCAGAAGAAAGGUGAAACUAAGGAAGCAUUGAAAUCAUUUCAACAAGCCCUGAAAAUUUUCAGCGAAAUCCCGGUGAUAUGA